GCCGCCUCGGCCAACUUGCUUGAGGCCUGCGCACGGUAGCUGCAGAGGCUCCGGCUCCGGCGCCGGCUGGGCGCGGGGUGCAGCGCUAUUGUGACCGCUGCGCCCAGGAGGAGGAGGAGGAGGGGGUGCCCUUUUGUGCCGCGUCCAGAAGCUGCCCCCCGACACCCGCAGCCCCCGUCUCUUUCAAGAGAUUUGGCUGCCGGACCUUGGGCGUGGGGAGGAGGAGGGUUCUCGUUAGAGAUCUGGGGAUUUUGACUGCCAAAGGGUUUUAAUUUUAGUUCAGCCCCAGUGUCCGUCAGCCUGCAGUGCAGGGACGAUGAACGGGCGGUUUCCAUGUGGCAGGCUUUGCCCAGCUCCAGGAAGAUGUAGUUCGCCGAGACUCACUGAGGCCAUUUUCCUGUCGUCAGCCUGGAGAACUUUUUCCGUCCUUGGAAGUGCAGCAGAAAGGCCACUAGGCCUUCAGGAGUGGCUGCCAUUUUGAAGAGAAGAGUCAGAUGGUCUGUUAACUCAGAUUAAUCGCUGUGUCUUUUGGAUUCCAGGUUGAUGCGGGCACAGUAUGGAUCAGACUUGUGAACUAUCUAGAAGGAAUUGUCUGCUGUCCUUUUCUAAUCCAGUGAAUUUAGAUGCCCCCGAAGACAAGGACAGCCCUUUCGGUAAUGGUCAAUCCAAUUUUUCUGAGCCACUUAAAGGAGGGUGUACUAUGCAGUUACCGACUGCCAGUGGAACAUCCCAAAAUGCUUAUGGACAAGAUUCUCCAUCUUGUUACAUUCCACUGCGGAGACUACAGGAUUUGGCCUCCAUGAUCAAUGUAGAGUAUUUAAGUGGGUCUGCUGAUGGAGCAGAGUCCUUUCAAGACCCUGCAAAAAGUGAUUCAAGAGCUCAGUCGCCAAUUGUUUGCACUUCCUUGAGUCCCGGUGGUCCAACAGCACUUGCUAUGAAACAGGAUCCCUCUUGUAAUAACUCCCCCGAACUCCAGUUAAGAGUAACAAAGACGACCAAGAAUGGCUUUCUGCACUUUGAGAAUGUUACUUGUGUGGACGAUGCAGUUGUAGAUUCUGAAAUGGACCCAGAACAGCCAGUCCCAGAGGAUGAGAGUAUAGUGGAGAUCUUUGAGGAAACUCAGACCAAUGCCACCUGCAAUAAUGAGCCUAAAUCAGAAAACGGUGUAGAAAUGGCCAUGGGAAGUGAACGGGACAGCACAUCAGAGAGUAGACAUGGGGCAGUCAAACGGCCAUUCUUGCCAUUAGCUCCUGAAACUGAAAAACAGAAAAAUAAACAAAGAAGUGAAGUGGACGGAAGCAAUGAAAAAACAGCCCUCCUCCCAGCCCCCAUUUCACUAGGAGAUGCAAACAUUACCAUAGAAGAGCAAUUUAACUCAAUAAAUUUAUCUUUUCAGGAUGAUCCAGACUCCAGUACCAGUACAUUAGGAAACAUGCUAGAAUUACCUGGGACUUCAUCAUCAUCUACUUCACAGGAAUUGCCAUUUUGUCAACUGAAGAAAAAGUCUACACCACUGAAAUAUGAAGUUGGAGAUCUCAUUUGGGCAAAAUUCAAGAGACGCCCAUGGUGGCCCUGCAGGAUUUGUGCUGAUCCAUUGAUUAAUACACACUCAAAAAUGAAAGUUGCCAAUAGGAGGCCCUAUCGAGAAUACUACGUGGAGGCUUUUGGAGAUCCUUCUGAAAAAGCCUGGGUGGCUGGAAAAGCAAUCGUCAUGUUUGAAGGGAGGCAUCAAUUUGAAGAACUACCUGUCCUUAGGAAAAGAGGGAAACAGAAAGAGAAAGGAUAUAGGCAUAAGGUUCCUCAGAAAAUUUUGAGUAAAUGGGAAGCAAGUGUUGGUCUUGCUGAGCAAUAUGAUGUUCCCAAAGGAUCUAAGAAGCAGAAAUGUGUCACCAGUUCAAUCAAGUUGGACAGUGAGGAAGAGAUGCUUUUUGAGGACUGUACAAAUGAUCCAGAAUCAGAGCAGGACCUGCUGCUCAAUGGCUGUCUGAAGUCUCUGGCUUUUGAUUCUGAGCACUCUGCAGAUGAGAAGGAAAAGCCCUGUGACAAGCCUCGAGCUAGAAAGAGCUCUGAUAGUAUAAAAAGGACUAGUGUGAAGAAGGGCCUCCUGCCAUUUGAAGCACACAAAGAGGAACAGAGGGGGAGAAUUCCAGAGAACCUUGACCUAGACUUUAUUUCUGGGAGUGUAUCUGAUAAACAAGCUUCUAAUGAACUUUCCAGGAUAGCAAACAGCCUCACAGGGUCUAAAACUGCACCAGGAGGUUUCCUCUUUUCUUCAUGUACACAGAGCACCGCUAAGGCAGAUUUUGAGAUUUCAAAUUGCGAUUCUUUAUCAGGUUUGUCUGAGAGUGCUUUGAGCUCUAAACAUUCUGUAGAGAAAACAAAACUCCAGCCAGGCUUGGUGUGUGGCUCCAAAGUACAGCCCUGCUAUAUUGGAGCUGGUGACGAGGGAAAGAGAAGUGAUUCUGUUAGUGUGUGUACCACUUCUGAUGAUGGGAGCAGUGAUCUGGAUCCUAUAGAACGCAACUCAGAAUUUGAUAGCAGUGUCCUUGAAAUUACAGAUGCUUUUGAUAGGACAGAGAGUGCUUUAUCUAUGCACAAAAACGAAACAAAGUAUUCUAGAUAUCUUGCCACAAACAGAGUAAAAGAAAAACAGAAGUCCCUCAUCACUAAUUCACAUACAGACCACUUAGUGGAUUCUACCAAGACAGUGGAGCCUGGAACUGCUGAAAUGUCUCAGGUUAAUCUUUCUGAUCUUAAAGUCUGUACUCCUGUGCCCAAACCCCAACCAGAAUUUAGAAAUGACAGUCUCACUCCAAAAUUCAGUGCAGCACCAAGCAUUUGUAGUGAAAACUCAUUGACAAAGGGUGGGGCUGCAAAUCAAACUCUGUUACCUUUGAAAAGCAGACAGCCCAAGUUCCGAAGUAUAAAAUGCAAGCAUAAAGAAAACCCAGCUGAUGCAGAACCCUCAGCUACAAAUGAGGACCUCAGCUUGAAAUGCUGUUCUUCUGCUGAUACCAAAGGCUCUCCUUUGGCCAGCAUAUCCAAAAGUGGAAAAGCAGAGGGCCUAAAACUACUGAACAAUGUGCAUGAGAAAAGCAGAGAUUCGAGUGACAUAGAGACAGCGGUGGUGAAGCAUGUUCUCUCGGAACUGAAGGAGCUCUCAUACAGAUCACUAAGUGAGGAUGCCAGUGACUCCGCAACAUCAAAGGCAUCGAAGCCAUUACUGUUUUCUUCUGCUGCUAGUCAGCAUCAUAUACCUAUAGAACCAGAUUACAAAUUUAGUACACUGCUAAUGAUGCUGAAAGACAUGCAUGAUAGUAAGACAAAGGAGCAAAGGUUGAUGACUGCUCAAAGUCUGGCGUCCUACCGAACCCCAGAUCGUGGGGACUGCUCUACUGGUAACCCUGUAGGGACAUCAAAGGGUUUGGUGUUAGGAGGCUCCACACACAAUUCUGAAAAAACUGGAGAUGGCACUCAAGAUGCAGUCCGGCUGAGUUCUAGUGGGGGUGACUCUUCAUUGUCUGGAGAACUGUCUUCCCUGUCUGGCUUAGCUUCUGACAAAAGAGACUCUGCUUGUGGUAAAAGUCGCUUAAACUGUGUUCCAAGGCGCAACUGUGGCCGGGCAAGGCCAUCAUCCAAAUUGAGAGAAGCAGUUUCAGCCCAGAUGGCAAAUCCCCCGGUAAACCCAAAAGCCUUAAAGACUGAGCGGAAAAGAAAGUUGAACCGACUUCCUGCUGUGACCAUUGGAGCUAACCGGUUGGGAGACAAGGCAAGUGGAGGUUCAGUGAAUGGCCCAUCAAGGGGUGGGGCUGAAGACCCUGGUAAAGAAGAGCCUCUUCAGCUAAUGGGCCAUUUAAGAACCACAGACACCCAUUUUUCUGAUGCACAUUUUGAUAGCAAGAUUAAACAACCUGACCCUGAUAAAGUUCUGGAAAAAGAGCCUUCUUUUGAGAACAGAAAAGGUCCAGAGCUGGGCUCUGAAAUGAACAGUGAGAAUGAUGAGCCCCAUGGUGUCAAUCAAGUGGUGCCUAAAAAGCGGUGGCAGCGAUUAAACCAAAGGCGCCCUAAGCCUGGCAAACGCACUAGCAGAUUUAGGGAGAAAGAAAACUCGGAGGGUGCCUUUGCUGCAUUGCUUCCUGUUGAGCCUGUGCAGAAGGGGCGGGAUGAUUUCUUAGAACAAAGAGCUCCUCCUACAAGCAUCCUGGAGGACUCAGCCGCAGACCCCAAUCAUGGCUGCCACUCGGACUCCGUUGGGCCAAGGCUGAGCGUUUGUGAUAAACCCAGUGCUAGCAUGGUGGGUGAUGUGGAAAAGGAGACAGGAAUUCCCAGUUUGACGCCACAGACCAAGCUCCCAGAGCCAGUUAUUCGGUCAGAGAAGAAACGCCUUAGGAAGCCAAGCAAGUGGCUUCUGGAAUACACAGAAGAAUAUGAUCAGAUAUUUGCUCCUAAGAAAAAACACAAGAAGGUGCAGGAACAAGUGCACAAGGUAAGUUCCCGCUGUGAAGACGAAAACCUUUUUGCCCGAUGUCGCUCUAGUGCUCAGAACAAGCAGGUGGAUGAGAACUCUUUGAUUUCAACUAAAGAAGAGCCUCCAGUUCUUGAAAGAGAGGCUCCGUUUUUGGAAGGGCCCUUGGCUCAGUCAGAUCUUGGAGUUGGACAUGCUGAGUUGCCACAGCUGACCUUAUCUGUUCCUGUGGCUCCAGAAGUCUCUCCGCGGCCUGCCCUUGAGUCUGAGGAAUUGCUUGUUAAGCCACCAGGAAAUUAUGAAAGUAAGCGUCAAAGAAAACCAACUAAGAAACUUCUUGAAUCCAAUGAUUUAGACCCUGGAUUUAUGCCCAAGAAGGGCGAUCUUGGCCUUUCUAGAAAGUGCUUUGAGGUGGGUCGCUUGGAGAACGGCGUUGUUGACUCACGGGCUACUUCUCAUUUGAAAGCAUUUGGUGGAGGCACAACCAAGAUAUUUGAUAAACCAAGAAAACGAAAACGACAGAGGCAUGUUACAGCCAAAGUGCACUAUAAAAAAGUGAAAAAGGAGGGCUCCUCCAGAGAGGCUUCAUGCGCUGAGGGAGAGCUGAUGGUUCACAGAACGGCUGCCAGCCCCAAGGAGCUUCUUGAAGACGGUGUAGAGCACGAUCCCGGGAUGUCUGCAUCCAAAAAGUUGCAGGGUGAACGAGGUGGAGGGGCAGCACUCAAGGAGAAUGUUUGCCAGAACUGUGAGAAACUGGGUGAGCUGUUGUUGUGUGAGGCUCAGUGCUGUGGGGCUUUCCACCUGGAGUGCCUUGGCCUAACUGAGAUGCCUCGAGGGAAAUUCAUCUGCAAUGAGUGUCGUACAGGGAUCCAUACCUGUUUUGUGUGUAAGCAGAGUGGGGAAGAUGUCAAAAGGUGCCUUCUGCCUUUAUGUGGGAAGUUUUACCAUGAAGAAUGUGUUCAGAAGUACCCGCCAACCGUCACGCAGAACAAGGGCUUCAGGUGCCCCCUUCACAUCUGCAUAACGUGCCAUGCUGCUAACCCAGCCAAUGUGUCCGCCUCUAAAGGUCGUCUGAUGCGUUGUGUCCGCUGUCCUGUGGCAUACCAUGCUAAUGACUUUUGUCUUGCUGCUGGGUCAAAAAUCCUUGCAUCUAAUAGUAUCAUCUGCCCUAAUCACUUCACCCCUAGGCGGGGCUGCCGAAAUCACGAGCAUGUUAAUGUCAGCUGGUGUUUUGUGUGUUCAGAAGGAGGCAGCCUUCUCUGCUGUGAUUCCUGCCCUGCUGCUUUUCAUCGUGAAUGCCUAAACAUUGAUAUUCCUGAAGGAAAUUGGUAUUGCAACGACUGCAAGGCAGGCAAAAAACCACACUACAGGGAGAUUGUCUGGGUAAAGGUUGGUCGGUACAGGUGGUGGCCAGCUGAGAUCUGCCAUCCUCGAGCCGUCCCCUCUAACAUCGAUAAAAUGAGGCAUGACGUGGGCGAGUUUCCUGUUCUCUUCUUUGGGUCUAAUGACUAUCUGUGGACUCAUCAGGCCCGAGUCUUCCCCUACAUGGAAGGAGAUGUGAGCAGCAAGGAUAAGAUGGGAAAAGGAGUUGAUGGAACAUAUAAAAAAGCUCUUCAGGAAGCUGCAGCAAGGUUUGAAGAGUUAAAGGCCCAAAAAGAGCUAAGACAACUGCAGGAAGACCGAAAGAAUGACAAGAAGCCACCACCUUAUAAACAUAUAAAGGUGAACCGUCCGAUUGGCAGGGUGCAGAUCUUCACUGCAGACUUGUCAGAAAUUCCCCGCUGCAACUGUAAAGCUACGGACGAGAACCCCUGUGGGAUAGACUCAGAGUGCAUUAACCGGAUGCUGCUCUAUGAAUGCCAUCCCACAGUGUGUCCCGCUGGAGGGCGCUGUCAAAACCAGUGCUUCAGCAAGCGCCAGUAUCCAGAUGUUGAAAUUUUCCGAACAUUACAGAGGGGCUGGGGUCUCCGGACAAAAACAGAUAUUAAAAAGGGUGAGUUUGUGAAUGAGUACGUGGGUGAGCUGAUAGAUGAAGAAGAGUGCAGAGCUCGGAUCCGUUACGCACAAGAACAUGACAUCACCAAUUUCUAUAUGCUCACUCUAGAUAAAGAUCGAAUUAUUGAUGCUGGCCCUAAAGGAAACUACGCUAGGUUCAUGAACCACUGCUGCCAGCCUAACUGCGAAACACAGAAGUGGUCUGUGAAUGGGGACACUCGAGUUGGUCUUUUUGCUUUGAGUGACAUUAAAGCAGGGACUGAACUUACCUUCAAUUACAACCUAGAAUGUCUUGGGAAUGGAAAAACUGUCUGCAAAUGUGGAGCCCCGAACUGCAGUGGCUUCUUGGGUGUAAGGCCAAAGAAUCAGCCCAUUGUCACGGAAGAAAAGUCAAGAAAAUUCAAGAAGAAGCAACAUGGGAAACGCAGGAGCCAGGGUGAAGUCACAAAGGAAAGAGAGGAUGAGUGUUUCAGCUGUGGGGAUGCUGGUCAGCUCGUCUCCUGCAAGAAGCCGGGCUGCCCGAAAGUUUACCACGCCGACUGUCUCAAUCUGACCAAGCGACCCGCAGGGAAAUGGGAGUGUCCUUGGCACCAGUGUGACGUCUGUGGGAAGGAAGCAGCCUCCUUUUGUGAGAUGUGCCCCAGCUCCUUUUGCAAGCAGCAUCGAGAAGGGAUGCUUUUCAUUUCCAAGCUCGAUGGGCGUUUGUCUUGUACUGAGCAUGACCCCUGUGGGCCCAACCCUCUGGAGCCAGGGGAGAUCCGUGAGUAUGUGCCUCCCCCAGUGCCACUGUCUCCAAGCCCCAGCACCCAACUGACAGAGCAGUCAUCAGGGAUGGCUACUCAGGGGCCCAAGACGUCUGAUCAGCCACCUACUAAUGCCACUCAGAGGCUGCCAGUCUCCAAGAAAGCCCUGACAGGGACUUGUCAGAGGCCAAUGCUACCUGAAAGACCUGAGAGAACUGAGUCUAGUUCCCCCCUUUCAGAUAGGGUCAGAGACCUUGCUGGAUCAGGGACCAAAUCCCAGUCCUUGGUAUCCAGCCAGAGGCCACAGGACAGGCCACCUACUAAAGAAGGACCAAGACCUCAGCCAUCCGACAAAUCCUCUCCAAUGACCAAGCCAAGCUCCUUACCCUCAGUCAGGUCCCUGCCACUGGAAAGACCUCUGGGAAUGAUUGACCCAAGGCUGGAUAAAUCCAUAGGUGCUGCCAGCCCAAAGUCCCAGUCAGUGGAGAAAACCCCAGCCCCCACUGGCGUGAGACUUUCACCACCAGACAGACUGCUGACCACCAGCAGUCCCAAGUCCCAGGUUUCUGACAGGCCCCCAGACAAAUCCCAUGCCUCUUUGACCCAGAGACUUCCCCCUCCUGAGAAAGUACUAUCUGCUGUGGUCCAGUCUCUGGUAGCUAAAGAAAAAGCACUCAGGCCUGUGGACCAGAACACUCAGUCAAAGCACAGAGCCUCUCUAGUGAUGGACCUGGCUCCUCGCCAGAAGGAGCGGGCUGCGUCUCCUCAUGACAUCACACCACAGGCUGAUGAGAAGACGCCCGUACUGGAAUCAAGCCCAUGGCCAUCCAGCAAAGGUCUGGGGCAUAUGCCACGGGCUGUGGAGAAAAGCAGUGUGUCAGAUUCCCUCCUGCCAGCCGGGAAAGCAGCAGCUCCUUCAGAACACCCUUGGCAAGCUGUUAAAUCACUCACCCAGGCCAGACUUCUUUCUCCACCUUCUGCCAAGGCUUUUUUAUAUGAAUCAGCAACUCAAGCCUCAGGAAGAGCUCCUGUGGGAGCUGAGCAGACCCCAGGACCUCCCAACUCAGCACCAGGCCUGAUUAAACAGGUGAAGCAGCUAUCUAGAGGACUUACUGCCAAGAGUGGGCAGUCCUUCAGGUCUCUUGGGAAGAUCCCAGCUUCUCUUCCCAAUGAAGAGAAGAAGUUGACAACCACAGAACAGAGUCCCUGGGGCCUUGGGAAAGCCUCACCAGGGGCAGGGCUUUGGCCCAUAGUGGCUGGACAAACACUAGCCCAGGCUUGCUGGUCUGCUGGGGGCACACAGACAUUGGCACAAACUUGCUGGUCCCUUGGAAGAGGGCAAGACCCCAAACCAGAGCAAAAUACAGUUCAAGCUCUUAACCAGGCUCCUUCUAGUCGCAAAUGCGCAGAGUCAGAAAAGAAAUAAUACAGUAAAUACCACAUAACCAGGCAAGCUGACCCCAGGGUACCGUUUUGGGGAGGUAAAUCUUCCUUUUUCCUUCUUGAAAAACAGACAUAUUCCCAACACUUCCACUGUUCUUCUUUCCUUAUACCCCCCAACACUCAGAACUCUAGUGACAUUAGCCCAUGGGGACUUGUGGUUUGUGUGAACCAUGUAUGGAAAUUCGUCGGGCCCCAGUCAAGGAGACAGACAGACUUGAGUCUCUUUGCCCUAACUUUUACAUAUGGUCAACUUAAAAUAAAAAGUCCACUCUGGAAUCAAGCAUGGAAUUCAAUUCCACUGGUCAAGUUGGAAAGUAUAGGGGUUCUCAAGGCUGUUUCCCUGGCCCUGCAGUCCCGCCCCAUUGAGAACACCUGAUAAACCUUUAGGAGGCUCUGAUGUUCAUUCAAAUCACUGCAGUUUCCUGAGUAUUGAUGUGUGCUAAAGUCAGGAGGCUAGUCGUUUGUGUAAGACAGAAUUAUAUAAGGCCUGGUCCCAAUGAGCCCAACUUCCCUGCUUGGGUUCCCAGGAGAUUUCAAGGACCUCUGACCAGAGAACAACAGAAAGCACUGCUAGGCCAUGAAUUUCCAGGUUCGUUCUCUAGUGGGUGUGGGUGUGCGCACAUGUGUGGCCCAGAAUGUGUCUGUAUUGAACAUAAGUUUCUUUUUGGAACAUGCAUGCAUGUAUGUGCAUGCGUGUGCCUGCAAAGGUCUUCUCUAUGAAUGGAAGGGCGCUACAUCAAGGCCAAGGUGAGCUAUUGGCUGGAGCAGCUGCUGCAAUCUCGGUGUAUUGCAGUCUGAACAUUUGUCCUUGGAGGAGUGUCUGGUUAGAGGGAGCUGGUCUCUGAGAAUGUAGUAUCCCAGAAGUGGACAAGGGCAAUUAAUUGGCAAGCUUACCUGUAUUUUCUACCAAUAAUCCUUUUACCAGAACCUACCCCGUCUGCAUUUCCUCAAACACUCAGGUGCUUUCAGAUUUCAGUCUUGGGCAGUGGACAUAGGGAAUUUCUGGCAAGCUCCUAGCAAGACACACCACCUUCAAGAAUCGUAUCAGAUCACGGUGGGAAUUUUCUCAUGGUCUCAUGCCCUCCUACCUGAAGGGAGGGCUCCCUCUCCACCCCUGUGAAUGGCUAUGCUUUCUGUUAGAGAGCAUGUGCCUGGUAUCUUAACUUAUGCAAGCCAGAGCCCUUCCCCAAGACUGGAGAAAUGUGUUUGGAGCAAUGUCCAAUCUAAGAGAUGACUCCUCAUAACUGCUGAUUAUCUGUUACUGCUGCCCUGAGCUGGGACCCAAGGGCUGGGAAUCUGUUGGUGCUACCCCGCCCUACCGUUUCCCCAGCUCAUCAACUGCCAACAGGAAGUGCUGUUUGGCUAGUUCUAUCAAACCCACCUGCCCUUUGUCCUCAGACCAUGUGUUUGUUACCUGUCUGCUUUGCCAACUUAGUAUCUUUAGCCAACAAAUGGCAUUUCCUGGCCAAAAUAUCUGGCCUUUUUGUCUCAGUUACAGCUUUUACACCCUCAACAGGAUUCUGUUUUGCCCUAGUUUCCUUCUCCCUAAGUUCCUGUUGAGGUUAGCUCUCAUCACUUCUCCAGAGGAAAGAACAGUGGUGGUUACAGAAGCAUUUGUGCUUUAUAUAAAAAUUAAGAGUAAAGAGUAGUAUCUGCUUUUAUUUUCCCCAAGUAUGUUUCUGGGGGGGAGACCUCAGAAUCUCCUCUCUGAGUUACCUGCCUAGUUCUCCCCUUUCAUCCUUUCAUCCCCAGGGCAUCUGUGUUCAAAAGGAAGAGAAAACAUAAAGCAUCUUAUUUUCUUUUAAAAAAAAAUUUUAAACCAUGAAGAAAAUAUUUUUAAAGAAAUUCACCCAGGACAUUAAAGUUCACUAUAUUACGUAUUUAUCAUGUGUGAGAAUAUAAGUAUAUAACUGCAGCUAGUAGGCCCCUUCCCUGAUUUCUUAGGUUGUGUGAGUAGGUUUGCUUGGUGCCAGUCCUGUGCCCUUUGCUCUCCUGUCAUCUGUAGUUGUGAUCAGAAAAAGAUAUCUGAACUGCACUGUCAAGAGUCUCCUUUCACUAUGUUGUGUGUUUGAUACCGUAGCUCUGAAAUAAACUGUGAAUUGGGGGUGGGUGGGGGGGUGCAGGCUAUGUAAAAAUUUUAAAUGGAGAAGUUUGGUCUUGACAUCGCUUCUCUAAAAUAGGUUUCAGUGGGUAAUUGGCUUUGACAGCUGUCUAGAAAUGUCUCACAGGGCAGAGGGAGGGAUGGAGGUUAGGAUUGGCCAAGUGUGUUUUGUUUUCAUAUUUCCAUGCACCACCAUUCUUUGGAGCCUUCCUUCCAGACCUGCCGGGGAAACAUUUUCUGAGCUGUGUACUUGUGGGCUGGAGGGUUCGGAGCAUGGGCGAGGAGGCCUUCUAAUGACAGGCACAUCCUGUCCAGUGCCACUGUGUUGUUGAAUGGAUACUAGACAUUUGAGCAGAGACCGAAGACAACAGCAUGAGAGUUGUGUUAAAACUGCCAGUGGUUGCUGUCCUUUAGUAUCAUGAGUGCUUGGGGAGGGGUGUGACUUGAGUGUGACAGGGGAAGAGGGUGACCUUGCAGUUCUUCUGGACUGCUUUUGAAUCCUGUAAUAUCCCUUUCUCUAGGGUGUAAAUUGGCAGCAGAGAAAAUCUUAUUAGAAACUUCUAACCAUUGAACAGGUGGUAUUUUGGCAUUGGCAUUUGGUUGGGUGCUUGAAAUUUGGAUGGCCAGAGAAUCUGCCUGUGAGACAGCACCCAGAAAGUACUUUCCAGGGACAAACCAAAGGCAGAAAUGCUCCUAGGUAGUAACUAAAACUUCUCUUUUUUAAUUAGGUCAGAAUAUAAGGGGAUUGGAGCCUACCCAUUUUAAUAAAAGACGGCCAUCAUUCACACACACACACACACACACACACACACACACACACACACACACACACACACACACACACACACACCCCAAAAAAGUAUUUUUAGAUGUCUGCUUCCCUAAAAUUUCUCAGUUUGAAAUUAUUUAUGUCACUGUGUCAAUUUUUUUUUAAAACCAAUCCUGCACCUUUGGUAUUCAUAUCCUCUAACCCACACUACAGUCCGGGCUUGAAGUGCAGUAGUGAGCUUUCGUGGCUCUGCACUGUUGGUUACUAAAGUGGUACUUGCAGGUUGUAGUCAGUGUAGUCAGAACUGACAGGGAGGAUGUCUAGGUUGUCCAUGCUGGGCAAUCAGGAGAGCGAGCAUUCAGUUAGAUGGGUCUUGGCCCCGGCUCCAAAAAAAUUGUUUUCUAAGACUUGCCGGGAUAUUGUCAUCCUCUUGGGGAUGUUGUCAUUGGAUGAAAAGAGGCCCAAUGUCCUCACUUCCUAGUUCAGAGGACAGGAGCAGCAGCAGGAAAUUCCUGUUAAAUAUCCCAAGUCAUUUAGACCUAGGUAGCUACGGCAGGAGCUAUGACCACUUUGCUCUCCGCUGAACUCCCUAGGUCCGUGCAGAAGUUCUAGUGUAAUUGAAAUACAAAUAAUUGCUUUGUACACAAAACAAUGUAAUGAUGGUGCUAAUCUCAUGGUAUAAAUAAGCACUGCCAAGGGUUGAGGGCGUGGUGACAUGAGACACGCGGGUUCCCAUUUGGGAAGAUAAUUUAUAUAGGUUCCUUUCAGCUCUGUGAGAGAGAGACAGGCGGUAGGCAGAGAGCGCGUUGCUGAUGUCUGCCGACCCAACCCUGGAGUGUUGAGUACAGUCCAGAGGUGGAAGAGAUGAUCCCAUAUCCAGUGAUGGCCACUGAGUUUCUCAGGGCUAGGGUCACCUUGUCCCAUCCUGCCUAGGACAGGUUAGAAGAGAGCUGUGGGUGUGGGGUGUCCUUUACCUUCUGCUUCUCUACCUCCUCCCCUCUCGUGGCAGCAUCUCAGUUGCAUAUGAACAAGGUCGGUGUUUCUUAAGACAGUUGGAAGAGCUUAUUUAGACAACUACAACCUCAAAAGAGAUGUUUCCUUACAACAGAAGCAAAGCAUACUAAACUCUUUUGUGGUACUUCCCCUAGGGCAGCCUUCCUGUGACUAUGAGGGGCUCCAGGAGUAGCUCCUGGAACCUAGCACAGCUCUGACAGAGGCAGGCCAGACACAGGGAGCUGAGUAGAAGCCAAGGGUGCUGGUGUUUUCCAGGAUGGCAGGAGGUGGUCUCCAGGUUGUGGUGUUGCCGCCUUACGUGUGUAGGUGAGUGUGGAAGUUGGGUGAGUGCAGCCCCUAGGAGCUCGUGGAAAAGCAGCUUCUUAGGUCUUGGCGAAGAAAGCUGACUACAAAGCUCUAUUUUUUAAAUGGGAAAAGUGUUCAGCCAAGGUCCAUCACUGUUCUCUCACCUCCCAACAGACUGUCAGCUGGAAGUGAACCUCCUAGUGAAAAAGAGGGGAGCCCUGCACUAGGAGUCCCCAUAAACAUGUACUGUAAUUCUUUGUAUAUAGAAAAAAUUACUGUAAAGUAAAGUUUAACUUUACUCUUA